AAAGAAUAUAUAGUACUUGUGAGCAUAUGCCUUUAACAAAAUAGCAAGAAGCAAUUAAAGUUUUAUUUGCUUCUUUGCAAGUGUUUCCCAACUCUUUUUCAAGAUCAAUGCCACCACCAUCGUCUUUGCUGGAAAAUGAAGUCGGAAAACUUCAUCACCACCCCGAUCCACCACAACCGAAGCCCGUCCGACGAAAGCCUGGUGGUUGGAAGUCCAUGCCUUAUAUUUUAGGAAAUGAAUCUUUUGAGAGACUUGCAUCAACUGGGUUGAUGGCUAACUUCAUGGUGUUUCUAAUGACGAUAUUCCACAUGAACCAAGUAGCGGCGUCAAACCUACUCAACAUUUGGUCUGGAGUUAACAAUUUUGCCCCUCUCGUCGGAGCCUUCAUCUCCGAUGCUUAUGUUGGCAAAUUUUGGGUCAUCGCCUUCUCCUCCUUCGCUUCUCUUGCGGGAAUGCUGACUUUGACCUUAAUAGUGGCAUUACCAAAGUUGCACCCACCAUCAUGCGCCCGGCAACUAGCCCUACUCAACCAAUGUGAGGGUCCAACCACUGGACAAUUUGGGUUCCUGGUCUUGGCCCUUGGCUUCUUGGCCAUAGGGUCGGGUGGGAUAAGGCCUUGCAGUUUGCCUUUUGGCGUGGAUCAGUUUGACCCAACCACCGAUGAAGGAAGGAAAGGCAUCAGUAGCUUCUUCAAUUGGUAUUACGCCACCUUCACUAUCAUCAUGCUCAUAGCCAUGACUCUUGUGGUCUACAUCCAAGACAACGUGAGUUGGGUCUUGGGGUUCGGUAUCCCAACCAUGCUCAUGGUAUGCUCCAUUGUGUUGUUCUUUGUGGGUACUAGGCUCUACAUUUACGUCAAACCCGGAGGUAGUAUUUUCUCCGGGAUUGCACAAACGCUUGUUGCGGCUUGCAAGAAGCGCAAUAUUCAAGUUGAAAAGGCAAUACUAUAUGAUCCACCUAUAGCUGAAGAAGGAACAAAUCAAGUCUCAAAGUUGCCUUUAACUAAUAAGUUUAGGUGCUUGAACAAAGCAGCGAUAAUAUUAGAUGGUGAAACAAACCCGGAUGGAUCUCGAGUAAGUUGUUGGAAGUUGGCAAGUAUACAACAAGUUGAAGAAGUAAAAUGCCUAAUAAAAGUUAUUCCCGUAUUAUUUUCGGGUGUUAUUUGUUUAAUAGCGAUAAUUCAACAAGGGACUUUUACCGUGUCACAAGCCCUGAAAAUGGACCGUCAUCUAGGUCCACACUUUCAGAUACCAGCAGGAUCAAUAGGUGUAAUAUCCAUGAUCACCAUUGGCAUAUGGCUCCCUAUCUAUGACAGGAUCGUUGUCCCGUAUCUUCGAAAAAGAACAAAAAUAGACAGCGGGAUAACACUCCUCCAACGUAUUGGAAUUGGGAUCGUUUUUUCUAUAUUGACAGUGAUUGUUGCUGCAUUGGUUGAGAGAAAGAGACGUCAUUCCGCAACUUCUCACAACCUGCCAGGCGGGCAGGCACCCUUAUCGGUCUUGUGGCUCGCGCCACAACUAAUCUUGGCAGCGUUUGCCGAGGCGUUUAACAUUCUCGGACAAAUGGAAUUUUACUAUAAGGAGUUCCCGGAUCACAUGAAAAGUGUUGCUAAUGCGUUGUUCGGUGUGACAAUUGGGUUAGCAAGUUAUGCAAGUAGUGCAUUAGUUACUACCGUGCAUAAGGUGACCGGAAAACAUGGACGACCAGAUUGGUUGACCGCAGAUAUCAAUGCUGGCAAAGUUGAUUACUUUUAUUAUGUGAUAGCUGGAUUGGGGGUGUUGAAUUUGGGCUAUUUUCUUUUAGUCGCAUCUCAAUAUCAAUACAAGGAAAAGAUCCAAGAUGUUGAAGAAGAAUUUCAGUUGGAUAUCGAGUUAAAUGCAUCAAAAAAUAUGGUAUAAUAAUUAUGUCGAUAUUAAACACAAUAUUUAUUGUGUCUAAAUUAAACGGUAUGAUCAUAUUUUUUAUAUCAUCUAAAAUUUUGAGAAACGAGAUAUUUAGUUUCAAUAUUAAGCACCUUGUAUCA